AUGGACAGCUCCCAACAUGAGCUCGAGCACCCAAAGAAGCGCCGCAGGCGUGAACCUACUCUGCGGCCUUUGUCUGCUCGGCUCGGGUUCGAUGACAGCAUCAAAGGAACCGCUGCAUUCGUCUCUGAGAGCCUCUGGGUGAAAGUCGCGGGCAAAGAGGGUGGCGCAAGUUUGCACGCAUCGCUACCUUUUGUGGCCCUGACGCCAUGGUCGCCUCUACAUACAGAUGUGCAAGAGUCGACAUGGACAAUUCUACCGGUGCAACCUCUCAAAACCGGGGUCUCCUCCGACUUGUCGUUCGAGGGCAAUGUGGUCAGACUCUCACCGAAUUCUUCCGCCUGCCAGUCGAUUCUCAAGACAUACGCUGCAGUUGAUCGAGACCGUCACCCAGGCCAUGUGCCCAAAUCUAUCGAAAUACGGGCCAUUCCCACAAAACCUCUUGCCUUGGAAACGGUCUACGUGUCGGUGGAAAAGGGACUUCUCGACAGGGUGGACAAUAUACAGAACAAAUUUGGAGGCGGGUUCCAGUAUGCGCGCGACAGGAAAACGGGAAUGGCGAACGGCGUCCUACACAAUGUACCCGCUCAAAUAUCCCGAAUGACUUCUCUGGUUCGGGAAGCGCUGGGCCAACUGCCCAUUAUCCAUUCGGGCGAUGUCUUCCCUCUGCCACUUCCAGCCCAUCCGAUCACCCAUGUCCCACCCCCUCCGGCCAUCAUUGUGGAAUGUGAACCGGUCGCUCAAGGUUUACUAUCUCCGAAGACGAAGAUUGUUUUGAUACAGACUGGCUCUUCGCAGGAGAAAGCUCUAAAAAAGUUGGCACCAGUCCAUCCUAUCAUCGAAGAGUCUCUUGAGGACACUGCCGAGGAUACUUCCAAUGACCAGUUCUACUCAGCCGCUGAAGAUAGGCAAACAGAGACCGGUUCGGACGGGGACGAUGUAUCAGACGAGGAAACCGAAUCCGAGGUCUCCGGCCACGAAGAUAGCGAUGAAGACUCCGACUCGAUGGAUGAUAUGAUUUCACUCAGUGCUCCCGGUCUGCCGCCUCAGCAAGCUGGGACACUGUCAGCAAUGACUGCCGCCACCCCAAGGGCCGGCGGCGGAAAGAGGACGGGUACGCAAACACCUGGUUCCGUCUACUCUAGCUUUACUUCCACAACCGCACGAGCUGGUGCACGACCGGGAAAGGUCUUUCGCACGGAAGCCCUCCUCCAAAGGGUACCGAUCGAGUUGCUGCAUCCGAAACCUAGCCCGGAGGACGACGAAGAGUCGUUUGUGUUUAUUGACACCAGUACUCUGGCGAAAAUUGGAUGUUUCUCUGGUGACUGGGUUCGAAUCGAGGUGUCUCGAAUUGUGAGCUCACAAGGAUUCCCUACCUCGGCGUUCAAGUCCCUCGGCGGCUUAAACGAUGAAGAAGAAUCCGACUGGCGGACCGUAAGGGUGUUUGGUCUUUCAGGUCUAUCCACCCUGCAGCCGAGAUACGCCGUGGACAAAACUGGAGAUAGGAGGUCGAGCUUUUCGCAAAGGGAUCUGCUUAUGCCACUAUCUCCAGUGCUCUAUCUAUCCCCCACAUUACUUGCUAAUCUGUCAAACGCCCAAUACGUCAAGGUUGGUGCAUUGCCGACCGCUCCUCGCCAUCUCGAACCUAGAAGCAUUCAAUCAUCGCAUCCCACUACGUCCAAGGCUCCUCCACUGGCCAAGGAGGUCGUGUUUUCCAAGCUGUCUGAUCCGAUCACCACCAAUCCUACCCUACAAUCCACCCUGUUCUCAUCCUUGAAGUAUUAUCUGGAAAGCAAGAAACGCAUGCUGAAGAAAGGGGACCUCGUCGCGGUGCCGGUGGAUCAAGAAUUGGGCAAGGCUAUUGCCUCGUCCACCGGUGCGGAGGACAACGCUGGAGAGGAUGAGACCAUUACAAAGCUCAACAUCCCCGAAGGUACCGGGCCUGCUCGAUUCGCGAUAGCGUGGUUCUCUGUCCAGCAAAUCGAUGUGGAACCAUCAACCCUGGAAGGUGACUCAGACCGGGACAGAUGGGGUGGUGUCGUCACUCUUGACACAUCCCAGGCCAGAGUGUCUCAAAGUGGCAGCAGUAUCGCUUCAGUAUCAUUUCUGACCGAACUGUGGAGCAAAUAUUGGUUUGGAAUCAAAAGGGUCACUCAGAGGCAGGUUCACAAGGUCGAUCACAUUGCCACCGCGGCAGAUCUGCCUCCUUUGGAAAGACUGCCACUGGAAAAACGGCUGUCGGGAUUGAUCUCAGCCUCGGUGAGCACUCGAGCCAUCGGCUUGGGACUUCCUCCGCUUGUGAUACUGCUACACUCUACACAACGGCAAAUCGGAAAGUCUUAUAUUGCCAGUUCCGCCUGCGCCGGCGUCGGUGUUCAUACUUUCACAAUAUCGGCCCACGAUCUGCUCUCGGAAAAUGCUUCGACAACUGGUGGCGGUGAUGUGAAGACAGAGGCUUUACUUCGCACCCGCGCUGAGCGGGCACUGUCGGGAGGGCCUCAACAGACGGCACUGUUGAUCCAGCACAUUGACGCGUUGACGGCGGAUAGGAUGGUGCCAGUGUUGCAAGAAAUCAUCUCGUGGUCUCGCGUACUGAUCGCAACGACCACUAAGAUCGAUGACAUCCCAGCCGGCAUCCGAAGUCUAUUCUCACAUGAAUUCGAGGUGACGGCACCCGACGAAAACGCUCGUGAGCUCAUUCUCCGGAAUGCCUGUACCACCAGCUCGACUCCUCUUUCGACAAGCAUAAAUUUGAAAUCGCUCGCAUUGCAGACUGCCGCUUUGGUGGCAGGAGAUCUACUGGACGUCGUCAACAGGGCCACGCUGGCGCGCUCGGAACGUCUUUUAGCCCUGGCUGAAGCGCAGAAAUGUCGACUUUCCGACAUCUACAUCUCCGGUGGUCAAGCAGCUACUCACCUUCUUUCCAGUGACUUCAGUCGAGCGAUAUCCGCGGCGCGAUCGACAUUCUCCGACGCGAUCGGUGCGCCCAAAAUCCCCACCGUUACCUGGCAAGACGUUGGGGGUCUUUCGUCGCAGAAAGACGCCAUUAUGGAGACGAUAUCCCUGCCUCUUACACAUCCCGAACUCUUUGCGAACGGGAUCCGAAAGCGCUCCGGGAUCUUGUUUUAUGGGCCUCCCGGAACGGGCAAAACACUUCUUGCAAAGGCCAUCGCGACGGAAUUCAGCCUCAACUUUUUCAGUGUCAAGGGACCCGAGUUGCUUAACAUGUAUAUCGGCGAGUCUGAGGCAAAUGUACGACGGGUUUUUCAACGUGCUCGAGACGCCCGGCCGUGUGUCGUGUUCUUUGAUGAGUUGGACUCAGUGGCGCCCAAACGAGGCAACCAAGGCGACAGCGGAGGCGUGAUGGAUCGCAUUGUCUCUCAGCUCCUUGCCGAACUGGACGGAAUGUCGAGCGGAGGAGGUUCAAGCAGUGACAAUAAUGCGGACGGCAGCUCCAGCUCGCCGUCAAAUGCAGGCGGGGUGUUUGUCAUUGGUGCAACCAACAGGCCAGAUCUUCUGGAUCCGGCUCUGCUCCGGCCUGGGCGAUUCGACAAGAUGUUGUAUCUUGGAGUGGCGGAUACUCAUGACCAACAGGAGACAAUCCUCAAGGCUUUGACCCGGAACUUCACGCUCGCUCCAGAUGUCAGUUUACGAAAGGUUGCCAGCCGGCUGCCUUUCACGUAUACCGGCGCGGAUCUGUAUGCGCUUUGCAGCGACGCCAUGUUGAAAGCGAUUACUCGCAAGACGCAGGCGGUUGAUGAGAAAGUACGACAGAUUAGUAAAUUGCGUGGCGAGGAGAUCAGUACCGGGUACUUUUUUGAUCACUUGGCUACGGAAGAGGAUGUUCAAGUCGUGGUGGGCGAAGAGGAUUUUAUCGCCGCUCAGAACGAGUUGGUCGGCAGUGUCAGUAAGAAGGAGCUGGAACACUUUGAGAGAAUCCGCAAUAUGUUUGAGGAGCAGGAUAUUACGGUUUCUUCCGCCAAGGACGGUGCCGGUGGUGGUCAAAAUGGUACGAAGGAUGCGCAGCCACCGCAGCAGCAGCCGCAGCAGAAUCAAGCGAGAUUACCUCUGCGACCAAGCUCGACGGCGACGGCGACCACCACACCGAAUCCUUUUCGCUCGGACCAAAAUCGACUACAACAACCCGGUCUUGAUUCCGGUGCAAAUGCACAGCAGCAGCCGCCUCCGCAAGCUGUCUCGUCGCAACAAGCUCGGCCAUUGCAUGCAAGUUCCGUCAACGACAAUAACAGCAACAUCAACAGUACAAAAGGUAAAGGCAAACAGAGAGCCGACAACGCCAGCGCCAACGUCAACGCCACCACUACGCGUUUGGAUUUGGGGAACGUCAAUGGACCUCCUGCUCAAGUCCCGUUCCCGCGGAUCGGCAACCCUGACUCCGGCGCUUCUUCGGAUGCGGACGACGACUACGGUGUAAGCACGGGCCGGGGUGGUUUUCAGUCUCAUGUAAACGGGUCACUCGGAGCCGGAGGAGUUUUCAGCGGCGCCGCCAAUUUGGACGGCAAUGCAAUCACCGGCAAAAGCAAAGGCAAGGCCGUCGAAAGGACUGGACGAUCUCCUCUUCUCGACAAUGGUACUGGGGUUGUCGAUGGUGACGGUAAUGGCUUUCUAGAUGGUGUCGAAGGCGACGAUGAGGGACUCUACGAUGACGACUGA